AUGUGGAAAAAAAAUGUUUCAGAAAAUAAGCUAAGAAUCCAAAAAGAAUUCAAAGACAAAUUAGGAUUACUUGUAGAUAAACCCAAACCAGGAUUUGGAAAUUCUAAUGAUGGGAACACAGMCAGACGUUUUUUCCAAAAUUCAGAAAUAUCUGCCGAAAUCACAAAAUUAGACGUAGAAAUAAUAGAAAAAAUACAUAUAGUAAUGAUAGUAGUAGCUAGUGGACACGAAAUAAAAAUCAAUGAGUUUCGGGAAUACACGUAUAAAACUGCAAAAUAUUUUGUUGAGAAGUAUCCGUGGUAUAAUAUGUCACCCACGAUGCACAAGUUUUUUAUACRUGGACCAGAGAUAAUUGAAUCGGCUUUGUUGCCAAUAGGACAGUUGACUGAAGAAGCCCAAGAAGUGYGAAAUAAAGAUUUCAAAAAAUAUCGAGAGCAUAACUCUAGGAAAUGUUGUCGUGAAAAAACUAAUUUAGAUAUAUUAAAUUUAUUUUUAUUAAGUUCAGAUCCAGUAAUUUCAAGUAAAAGAAAAUUGCUGAAGAAAAAAACACAAUCAAUGCCAAUUGAAGCACUCGCAUUAUUAAAAUCACCAGAUGUCCUAGUCUCUCUUCAAUAUGCCAAAGAUAGCGAUGAUGAUGAUGAUGAUGAUGACAAUGAUAAUGAUGAUUAUGAUGACGACAACGAUAAUGAUGAUGAUUAUGACGAAGAUAAUGACAGCAAUGAAGACAAUGAAGACAAUAACCAUGACCAGUUUUAA